GGCUGGUGAAGCAUGGAGGGGGCGCUGGAGGCGCAGGCCUCAUCUGUGAAGUCAGAAAUAACCACUGGGACUUUGGAUAAAGUGUCUGUCUGGUUCCUUGACAGAUGUGGAGUGAUGCCAUCAAUCAGAACAAUAAAACAGCCCUGUUGGCCUGGGUGAAGGAGACUGGCAUUGAACUGGUGCAGGUCAAUGGUCAGAGGAAGUAUGGAGGCCCUCCCCCAGGCUGGAUCGGGGAGCCCCCUCCAUCUGGCUCAGAGGUUUUCAUUGGAAAACUCCCUCAGGACAUCUAUGAAAACAAACUAAUUCCUCUCUUCCAAAGUGUGGGCAAGCUGUACGAGUUCCGCCUCAUGAUGACCUUCAGCGGUCUCAACCGUGGCUUUGCCUAUGCCAAGUACAGCAAUCGGCGCAGUGUGCAAAUCGCUAUUGCUGCUCUGAACAACUUUGAGGUGCAGAAGGGCUGCCCCAUCAUGGUUUGUAGGAGCACUGAGAAGUGUGAGCUGUGUGUGGAUGGCCUGGCAUCCUCAGUGGAGCAGGGCCAGCUGUGGACACUGUUGCAGGAGGUGACCAUGGGGGUCCUGAACAUUUCCCUGUAUCCCAGCCCCUCCCGGAAGGGGGGACAGCUUGCAGUUCUGAAAUACAACUCCCACCGAGCCGCAGCCAUGGCCAAGAAAACUCUAGUGGAAGGUAACUUGGGCCCAUACGGAGAGGAAAUUGAAGUGGAUUGGCUGAAAGUAGACAUGAAGCAGAAACUCCGUGACAGCUCAGAGAGAACCUUCCCAGAAAGCUUGCAGCUUGGUGGCUGCAAGAGUGGCAAUCCAAGCCAGACGCCUCGUGGUGCUGUUACGUGUCCUUUGCCGCAGGCAUUCUGCAUGUUAGACUACCUGAACGCACUGUGCAAGAAGCAGCAGCUGGGAAUCCCUGUGUUUCUGACUAAAUGUGUCCAAGCAAAUCCUGAUGGCUGGCUGCGAUUCUGGUAUCAGGUGGUGAUUCCAGGUUACCCAUCCCCCUUCAGUGGGUUUAUGUGGAUCAAACCUGAUAAGUCUGGCUUGAGUGGACAUGACAAGGCCAAGAAUGCCAUAGCACUGCAGCUGCUCAAAACUUUGGGGUGCCCGGUGGUGUAGCCUGGAUGUUUCCACAGAGCCAUGCACUGCCCCCUGGGGCUUGGCGCAUUGACUUUGCAUUCCUGUCGCGGGCCCCUUGCAGGGAGGAGGGGUAGGGCUGAUGUGCUGACAUUUUGUAAGCUGGUUUUACAGGAUGUGGACACUGAGCAGAGGCUGCUUCUAGUCCCUGUUUGGUUUUGUGUGUGUUUUUGUUCUGUGCUCUGACUGUGCCCAGGUGGGCUAACCCAGUGAGAUGGGAGGAGGCAGGUGUCAUGGGGACUCCCACUUACCAUCAUAGAAGGACAGGCUAAACUGGCCAGGCAAUGAAGGACCCCAUCUGCAUAGGUUAUAGAGGAUGCAUGCUGGGCAGCUGGGUGAAUCUGACCAGGCUCGAAGAUUUUUCUGUUCUGUUUGGGUUUUAUUUGUGUUUUGAAAUACACCUGCCAGCAUGGUAGAGAGGGGGAUGUUCAGUGCUCUUUGGAGAGGGCCUGGGGAACUUGCUGCUAUUAGACUGGGCAAUUAAUGACUGUCCCUGGCUUGUGCAGCACAGAGCUAAUUGGUAACAAGCCCUGCAGGUGCACUGAGCAAACCUCUGCUUCCCCCACCCCCAUCUGGGGGAAGGGCUGCUUUGUUUAAGUUCCUGGGCCUAAAUCUUGUUCUCCUGGCUUUUUGUUGUUUGACUCAUUCUGUUAAAGGUUGUUUACUUUGUUUUAAAAGCUUGGUUGAGUUUCUUAUUGUGGCCUUGGCCAGUGAGGUCAGACAACUGUCCUGUGAAGCAAGGAAGAGCAUGGGACAAGUGCUGGAUGGGAAAUACCGCCUGCAGUGCUGCCUGUUCCACUGGCCUAGGUACUGUUUGGAAGAAUCCAAUGUUCUCUGUUGGAAGCAUUCCUCCUGGGCUGAGUUGUGAGCAGAGGCCUUUCAUGAAUCCUGCUAGUGCCUAAGUAGGGGAGGGUCACAGCCAGCAUGCUGAUGGAAGCUGUUUUUAAUGAGGAAAUGGUGACCACCUCUCUGAGGCACCAUGGUAUUUAUGAGCAAGGGACUGUAAAGAAAUGGCAUUUGGGGUCCUCUGGUCCCUAGUGGCAUUGAUAGUCCGUGCCGCUGUGUAUGAAUGGUCAUUCAGACUCUGACUGAAGGGUUGGGAGGUUCUA